AUUUGACUCAUUAUAGAAAAAUAAAAUAAAAAAUCCGAAAAAAGGGAUAAAGAUGAAAAAACGAAUUAUUAAAAAAAUUUAUAAGCAAAAAAGAUUCCAUAUUUCGAGGGGAAGAAGAAGAAGAAAGAAAGAAGCUCAGUCGGCGGCCGGAUUAAUCUCCCUCUUCCCAUCUCUCUCCUCUCUCUCUCUCUGUCCCUAUCACCGGCGUUGUCAUAUCUGAAUUGCCUUAGAAAAAAUUGACACUUUUUACCGGCGCAAGUGGAGUUUUUAGCUCGAGAGAUUUGGGUUUUUUUUUUGAUGGCGGCGAGCGCGAACCCGUCGAGGAACAAUCAGGAAGGUUCUUCGGCGACGCAGAAGGUAUCGACUUCUUCAGCGGCGGCGGCGGCUACGAAUGGCGGUGCUGUUAAUUCUGUCGAUAAUGGUGGUGGCAAUACAGGCGCCGCGGCGGCUGAUAAUAAUUCGCAGACGAUUGGCGCGUUGAGGCAUAAUUCAGGGAUCUCUACCGAUUGGACUCAUGAAGAACAAUCCUUAUUGGAAGAUUUGCUCCUCAAGUACGCGACAGAGCCGUCAGUUUUUCGAUAUGCCAAGAUUGCGAUGAAAAUGAAAGAUAAGACUGUCCGAGAUGUUGCGCUGCGCUGUAGAUGGAUGACUAAAAAGGAAAAUGGAAAGCGCAGGAAAGACGACCAUUCGUCGAGGAAAAGCAAAGAUAAGAAAGAAAAAACUACAGAUUCUUCAGCCAAGUCCUCAUCUCAUUUGAAUGUUCAUCCUAAUGGUCCUUCGUAUGCUCCGCCUAUGUUGCCUGUAGAUACUGAUGAUGGUAUUUCGUUUAAAGCUAUUGGUGGUUUGAGUGGAGAUCUUCUCGAGCAAAAUGCUCAACUGUUCAAUCAAGUUUCAUCAAAUUUUACAGCUUUCCAGGUGAAUUCAACUUCCACUUUUCAGCUUCUACAUGAGAAUGUCAAUAUCUUGAGCAAAGUUCGGGACAAUAUCCUCACAAUCUUGAACGACUUGAAUGACAUGCCAGAGGUAAUGAAGCAGAUGCCACCUCUUCCGGUGAAGGUGAACGAAGACCUGGCAAAUUCGAUCCUCCCUCGCCCAUCCCAUCCAUCCCAUCAAAUGAAGCCAUGAUCAAGCAGAUCGAUGGUGGGUUCUGCUGACCAAGGAAUCUUUUUAAUCCGGGAUCAAUGAAGAAAAAAGAAUAAAAUCGCGGGAUAGAGAGAGCUCCAGUCGUACUGGUUGAUAGAAUGAGGGGUUUCCCCUCUGACUCAUAGAGUUAUAGUCUCUUUUGCAAUUUCUGUCAGUGUCUGGAUAUUUUAGCAAAUGGUUAAUUGAUACACGAGUAGGGGUCGUAUCGUUGUUUAGGAUGUGAAUAGAUUUCAAUUGGUAUGGUAUAAGUUUCUGUAUAAAAUUGGUUUUAUGCUGAAAGGGUUUGAGAUUA